AGAGCAUUUGUCAUAUAAAUAGCAAAGAAGCUCACUCCAGUUACCAAUUCCAAUCCGUUUGAUUUCAGUGGUGGUGGAAGCUACUAGAAUGAGGAAGUGGACGCUCCCUUCCGCGCUUCUUCUCCUCUCUCUCCUCUUCCUCCUCUGUGCAGAUCAAGGUCGCAAGUUUCAGGCGAAUGCAGAAGGCGAUUCCGACGAGCUCGUAGAUCCACCUAAGGUGGAGGACAAGAUCGGUGCUGUUCCUCAUGGACUCUCAACCGAUUCAGAUGUGGCCAAGAGGGAGGCGGAGUCGAUCUCGAAGAGAUCGCUACGGAGCAACGCGGAGAAGUUUGAGUUCCAAGCGGAAGUGUCACGGCUGAUGGAUAUUAUCAUCAACUCACUCUACAGUAACAAAGAUAUUUUCCUCAGGGAGUUGAUCUCCAAUGCUUCUGACGCAUUGGACAAGAUUAGGUUCCUCUCCCUCACGGAUAAGGAGGUUUUGGGUGAAGGUGACAACACCAAGCUUGAUAUCCAGAUUAAGUUAGACAAGGAAAAGAAAAUUCUCUCAAUUCGAGACAGAGGUAUUGGUAUGACAAAGGAGGAUUUGAUAAAGAAUUUGGGAACCAUUGCAAAAUCCGGAACUUCAGCAUUCGUUGAGAAAAUGCAGACUAGUGGAGAUCUCAAUCUCAUCGGGCAGUUUGGAGUGGGUUUCUACUCUGUUUAUCUUGUUGCGGACUACGUUGAAGUCAUUAGCAAGCAUAAUGAUGAUAAUCAGUAUGUAUGGGAGUCAAAAGCUGAUGGAGCAUUUGCAAUUUCAGAAGAUACAUGGAAUGAACCCCUAGGACGUGGAACUGAGAUUAGAUUACACCUCAAAGAAGAGGCUGGGGAGUACUUAGAAGAGUUUAAGCUGAAAGAGUUGGUGAAACGAUACUCUGAAUUCAUUAACUUCCCUAUUUAUAUUUGGGCAAGCAAAGAGGUUGAUGUGGAGGUUCCUGCUGAUGAAGAUGAGUCCAGUGAUGAUGACGAAUCAGCUGAACCCAAGGAAGAAAGUGAAGAAGAUGAAGAUGCUGAUAAAAGUGAAGAUGAAGAAAAGAAGCCUAAGACAAAGACGGUGAAGGAAACAACUUAUGAGUGGGAACUUCUAAAUGAUGUAAAAGCUAUAUGGCUGAGGAAUCCAAAGGAGGUUACAGAGGAAGAGUAUACCAAAUUCUACAAGUCUCUGGCGAAGGACUUUAGCGAUGAGAAACCUUUAUCAUGGAGUCACUUUACUGCUGAAGGAGAUGUAGAGUUCAAGGCAGUUCUGUUUGUGCCACCAAAGGCACCUCAGGAUUUAUAUGAGAGUUAUUAUAACUCUAACAAAUCCAACCUGAAGUUGUUUGUUAGAAGAGUGUUCAUUUCAGACGAAUUUGAUGAAUUGUUGCCUAAGUAUCUAAGCUUUUUGAAGGGCCUUGUUGAUUCUGAUACACUGCCACUUAAUGUAUCACGAGAAAUGCUUCAAGCACACAGUAGUCUAAAGACGAUCAAGAAGAAACUUAUUAGGAAAGCCCUUGAUAUGAUCCGUCGGAUUGCUGAUGAGGACCCUGAUGAGUCCACUGACAAAGAAAAGAAAGAAGAGACAUCCUCUGACAUUGAUGAGAAGAGAGGUCAAUAUGCUAAGUUCUGGAAUGAGUUUGGGAAGUCCAUUAAACUUGGUAUCAUUGAGGAUGCCACCAACAGAAACCGUUUGGCAAAACUGCUGAGAGUUGAGACAUCUAAAUCUGAGGGCAAAUUGACUUCUCUUGAUCAGUACAUAUCUAGAAUGAAAGCUGGUCAGAAGGAUAUCUUUUACAUAACUGGAUCCAGCAAAGAACAACUGGAAAAUUCUCCAUUCCUUGAGCGGCUUAAGAAGAAAAAUUUCGAGGUUAUUUACUUCAUGGAUCCAGUUGAUGAGUACUUGAUGCAAUACCUGAUGGAUUAUGAAGAUAAGAAGUUCCAAAAUGUGUCCAAGGAAGGUCUGAAACUUGGGAAGGAUACAAAAGACAAAGAACUGAAGGAAUCCUUCAAGGAUCUUACUAAGUGGUGGAAAAAUUCCCUUGCCAGUGAGAAUGUUGAUGAUGUGAAGAUAUCCAACAGAUUGGAUAACACUCCUUGUGUAGUGGUGACAUCAAAAUAUGGUUGGAGUGCUAACAUGGAGAGAAUCAUGCAGUCUCAAACUUUGUCAGAUGCUAGCAAGCAAGCAUACAUGCGUGGCAAGAGGGUUCUUGAGAUCAAUCCUAGGCACCCUAUUAUCAAGGAACUCAGAGAGAGAGUAGUUAAGAACCCUGAGGAUGAGAGUGUGAAGCAAACAGCACAGCUGAUGUACCAGACUGCACUCUUUGAAAGUGGCUUCCUGCUUAAUGAUCCCAAGGAUUUUGCUUCCCGGAUUUAUGAUUCAGUGAAGUCUAGCUUAGAGAUCAGUCCUGAUGCAACAGUUGAAGAGGAAGAUGACACUGAAGUUGAGGCUGAAAGUGAAACAAAAGAAGAUGCAUCUACUUCAGAACCUGCAGGUGAUGCGGUUAAUGAUGCUGAUGCUGAUGUCAAGGACGAGUUGUAGAUUGCAAGUUUCCCAUCAACUUUAAACUGAUGCUGCUGUUGGUUGCCUAUGUUUCUUGGUUCAGCCUUCAGAAAGACUGUAAAAGCACGCUAAAUUUUGUUUCCCUGUGUUGUUAAAGAAGAACGUACGUUAGUCUUAAGUAUUAACUUAAUGAAUUUUGCCCGAGCACAUUAGUCUUAA